AUGGCCACCUUGCACGAUGCCCUCCAAAUUCUCCUACCGACGUCCUGGGACCAGGUUCCUCAGUCCCCCGAUGCGCUCCGUGAAUACGUCCGCGAUAUUUUCAAGAGUGGUCGCCUCAUAGCAGAAUCUCUCCCAGACCCUCCACCAUACGACCGUGAAGAAUAUCAUGAGCUGGAAUCACAGGCAACGAAUUCCAGAUCUCGCACGAGAAUCGUCCCGUCGUCUGCACGUGUGGGCGAAACCGACUCGGAGAUUACGUCGAUGCAGAAACACUGGGGGAAGCCAAUAAAAAUGGGCGGUGCAAAAGAUAAUCCUCUUGGAUUGCAUGUUUGGAAAUUGUCUUCCAAUGACGGGAAGGGAUCUUGGUUCGGGCGACGGAGCAUACACGACGGUCUUCCAUUCUCGCGGUGGCGGAAGAAGCUUUCUUCGGAAUAUGAGGAGACACUGAAGGUCAACCGACGAAAAAUUGAGAAGGGAGAAACACCGGAUAAUUGCAUUCGUGGUAUUGGAGCAGAGGAGAAGAUUGAGUCAAUUGAGGUCAAUGGCGAGGAUGGUUCUGUGCUAGGCCAGGUAACGGUCUAUCAUGUCUCGGCUCAAUUCCCCAAGCCCACGGCACCACGGGACUUUGUGGCUAUGAUUAUCACAUCGGAUGUCGGCCUUCGAAUUGGCGGAACGAAACAGCCUGGUCGAAGCUGGAUGAUGAUUUCCAAGCCGUGUGACCAUCCAGAUGUACCGCAUAAAAACGGGUAUACUCGAGGCGAGUAUGAAUCUGUUGAACUCAUUCGGGAGAUCCCUAGAACGACUAGCAGCAGCUCUUCCUCCAGCAAGGGCGUUGUGGAGAAGUCAAAAGCCAACAGCCACAACGGAGAUGGCUUGGUUGAAGAUGGACUUGAUGCUGCUGAUGGCGAGGAAGAAGAAACCAAUCCUGUUGAGUGGAUCAUGGUCACUAGGAGUGAUCCCGGUGGCAGUAUUCCCAGGUGGAUGGUCGACAAAGGCACACCGAAGAGUGUCGGGGUAGAUGCUGCCAAAUUUGUCAACUGGGCCGUGGAGGAUGAUAAGCCACAAAGGCAUGGGAAGCACAGUGCCACUUCGCCCAUCGGGACAUCACAAAGCCCUGAGAUUCAGCCCAAGGAUUUCGCCGACGAGCCCAUUUCAGAUGAAGGCAGUCUAUCUGAUUCAGAUACGGACUCUGUGGAGACCGACACUCAGUCCCAUCACGGUUUGAUUGCCAGUGUGACUGGCCUGCUCAACUCCGGUCUUGAACGAUUCGCGCCUCAAGCAUUUUUCGACUAUGUCCCACAUCAUCGGACAGCUUCAGGUCAUCUAGUUAAUGAUACCAAGGUGCUAGAAGAAGAAGAUGACCAAGAUGAGCAUUCAGCUCCUCAGUCAAAGUCAACCAUCUCGUCUGAUACCAAGCCGCGCGAUACUCACCUUGAUCAAGUCUCGCUAUCGUCCGCCCAAUCUGGAUUCGGCAUCCCAGCACUAGACGAUGUCCCUCAAACCGACCUCCCACCCGCAGAAUUGAUGCAAAUAGCCAAAGCCGGUAAACUCACAAGUCAUGAAAAAGAUCUAGCCAAGCUGGCUUUGCGCAAACGCGAAAUCGAUGCCAGACUUGAAACUGUCCGCUCCGAGCUGGACAAGCUGCACAUCCCAGCGCGAAGCAACACCUCCUCUCCAUCCCGGGGCAUCUACAAUGAUGUAGACAGCGACACGAGCGGAUUACCCAAGCGCACAGAAAAGCCCACUUCAACUCCAAACUCUGCCUCCAGUAAGCAACAGAGCCAAAAGACCAACGGUAAUGGUGAUAGUAGCAGUGGCGACACACCGUCAUCCGAACGCACGCAAAAACCGGAACUACCAGGACAUAUCCACAAAGCUGCGUCGCAGCUCUUCCACGAGGAGUCGAAGCUUUUGAAGCAACUACGCAAGAUUGAGGGCAGUCAGCUAAAAGUAGCCUCUAAGAUUGAGGCACGACAGCGCAAGCAAGUGGAACGCUCGGAGAAGUCAAAAUCAAAAUCUGAGAAUGAGACAUUGAGACAGGAAGUUAAAGAUUUGAAGAAGGAGAUUAGCCGGUUACGCGCGGAGCGCGAGAAGUGGGUUGAUCUUGUCUCUUCAUUACAGGCAGAGAAUAAAAGGUUGGCUGGGAAGGAAGAGUCUAGUUGA